GGGCGGGCCCCGCCCUCGGCCGCUCGCAGCUGCAGCGUCCCGCAGGCGCCAUGGGCUGGGAGGAAAGGCAGGUCCGCGGGUACAGCGAGUUCGUGCAGACAGCGCAGCGCUACCACGGCCGGCCCAUCUUCGCACUCUUCUGCGGCGACAAAGAUGUCGAUGGCAGGAGCUGGUGCCCGGACUGUGUGACAGCUGAACCAGUUGUGAGGAAGGAACUUCAUAACAUGCCUGAUGAGUCUGUGUUCAUCUACUGCCUAGUAGGAGACAGAGCCUACUGGAAAGAUCCUAACAAUGAAUUCAGGAAGAAUCUGAAACUAACAGGAGUGCCUACGCUACUUAAAUAUGGAACACCUCAGAAGCUGGUUGAAGAAGAAUGUUUUAAAGCAGAGCUUGUGCGUAUGUUGUUUACUGAAGACUAAAUCCUCCAGUAGCCAAUCAUUUACAAAGAUGUUCAUCUCAUUAUUUUCGUUGUCCUUUCAAGGAAUCCUUACCUAUUGUCCCCUCCUGUCCUGUCCCCCCACCGCACCAAUCAUGGUUAAUUAAUUCCAAUUAGUUGAGGCAAAUGUUCUAAAUAUUUUAAGUUCAAAUCUUCCACUAAAGUCUUGCAACAAAAAAUUGUAUCUUUACUUUCUUGUUGAAAUAAACUUGAAUUUGCAAGCUG